GAAAAAGUAAUGAAGCACAAAGCAACUAGAACAGCUCCCUGACUGAAAUUCUGUAAUAUAAUAUUAGAUAUAUUUUUCGAAAAUUAUUUGGCGACCCCCAGAAAUCAUCUCGCGACCCCCAUUGGGGUCGGGACCCCAGGGUUGAGAAUGGCUGGAGUAGACAGACAUCUGUGCAGUGAAUUAACAUCUCUUUAAAUGUUUGCACAGAUGACAGGAGCUCUUCAGGUCAUUGUGCUCUGUUUGAUCAGCGGAGUGUGGAUCGCAGCAAAAGGGGAAUGUGUGACUGUGGAAGAUGAUUGCGGUGACCCCUGCCCUGCUGGUUGGGCUCAACUCGCCGCUCGCUGUUACCAGUUCCAGAAGAAUGCAAAGAGCUGGGCGGAUGCAGAGCGUCACUGCACUUUACUCAGUGGAAAUCUGGCUUCCAUCCAGAGUCCAGGCCAGUACGCCUUCCUCAGGGACAUGGUCUACAAAGAGACCAGAUCACACAGAGAAAUUUGGCUCGGAGGCUAUGAUGCUGUGAAGAACGGUGUGUGGCUGUGGAGCGACGGAUCACAGUUCCUCUUCACCGGCUGGGCGAGAGGGGAGCCUAACGACCACUGGGGCGAGGGCUGCAUGGAGAUGAACCAUAGAGGAAGAGAUUACAUCAAUGAUUCAAAGUGUCCACAUAAGAAACCUUAUAUUUGUGCCAGGGAUCCGUAACCAUCCCCCUCCGUCCUCCAUCAGGAUAUCCCAUCCCCACUGACGUCUUCCAGCAGGAUGUCAAGCCUCGAUGGCAUCAGUGCUGGAAAAUACUUCAACUAAAAUCUCCUAAAAUGUCUCUUUAAAUCAAAAACCACAGGCUUCAUUUUACUUCUUCUUAUUGUUGCCGUUUAGCAGCAGCGCUCUGAUCUUUAAUAAAGAGAUAUUAUUUGCAGGGUUCUUUUGAAGCUUUCUUAAAGUCGUGUUUGAAAUGAUACAGUUUCCAAUUUCUAGCUUUAGUUAAUUCAAACAAAGAAAGGAACCCUCGUUUCUAGUUUGAUGCAAACAUCACUCAAAAGAUAGAAGGCGACGGAGAGGAGUUGGUGCUCCCUGCUGGUAAAAAUAAGAAGCUGCAGAGGUGAGAGAGAGAAAAUCCCACUGAGCAGGUCUAGACUUUACUCCAACCCUGAGUGGAAAUAACACCAUGCUAUUAAAACGCCACAAACUGCAUCUUUAAUAACAAAGAUAAGACAUAUUAUGGAAACAUUGAGCAUUAAAACUGUCUGGAAUCAA